AUGGAUCUUGACUGGUGCCUGAUUUGUGAACAAAAAACCCAGGGUACUUUGUAUUGUAGUGAAGAAUGUCGCUUCAAAGACCAUUUGUCGGCAUACCCUUAUCUCACGCCGCCGGCCUCUCCCCUUUCAUCUGGCUCUUCCACACCGACAAAGUGUAGUAGUACUGGUACUUCUACAACUUCUAUUAAUGGUCUAUAUCCUUUCUAUAGAAAACCUUCCCCUGCUUUUCAGAUUCCGGUUUAUCACGAAUCAACUAUUUGUGCACUACCUUUACCUUCUCCUGUUAUGAAAAAGUCACAAUCCACUUCUAAGCGACAUUCUUUCAAUAAUGCGAUCGAAAUAUCAUCCGUGAAGACUGCAAAUGUUGCGAAUAUGGCUUGCUCAUUGGACACUCACCGACACAUCUGA